GAGAGGGACGGCGCGGGCCGAGGGACAAACGGCGUUAGCGCCGCUCGUUGCUGCGAGGAGGUGGCAGCGGCUGCUGGCCUGAGGCAGCGCGGCAUGGCCAAGCUGGUGCUGGCGGGUAAGGCAAACUGCCCUUAUUAUGCCAAAGCUGAACUCCUGGCUGACUAUCUCCAGGCUAACUUGCCAGACUUCAGAGUUCACAAGAUCACUCAGCACCCUGACAAAUGGGAGCAGUGGCUUCAGGACAUUUGUGAAUUGAAUGGAUGGGAACACAGACAGUCUCCUAUCAUUUGGAGAGAACUAUUGGACCGUGGAGGGAAGGGGCUGCUUCUGGGAGGAGUUAAUGAUUUUCUGGAAUAUGCUCAGCAGUAUUAUGCCAUCACCUCAAUGACGUUGAGUGAGGAAAUGUUAGACAUUGCUGAGGAGAGCCUGCAGGCGCAUAUUGACAUUGAAAAAGAGGAGGAAGAGUGUAAAGGUCUUAUCAAGCCUUUGCAGGUCUGGAUCACUAGUGCAUCAUCUCCAAUUUGUUAUCAGCUGAUCCCUCUGUUGGCAAAUGGAGAAGUGUUUGGGAUGACCACAGAAAUCAGUAUCCAUUUGCUUGACACUGACCAGUUUAAGGAAGUUCUUUGCAGUAUUGUAAUGGAAGCUGAAGACAUGGUGUUCCCACUCCUCCGCAGUAUUUCAGAGCACACUGAAACAGAUGAAGCUUUUACUCAGGCUGAUAUUGUUAUUAUUCUUGAUGAUGUCCUCUUAAACCCUGAAGUCCAGUCUGUUGAGAACUGCAUCAGAGAAGUGAGUGAGAUCUGUGAAGUGUAUGCUCCCCUGAUUGAGAAGAAUGCCAAACGCGAGGUCAGAGUAAUUUCAUCGGGGAAAACCUUCGUAAACCUGAAAGCGAUGAUGAUUAUGACAUGUGGCCCAUCCAUUAAGCCUGAAAAUGUCAUUGCCGUUGCGACGUCCUGGGAAAGUGCAGCUAAAGCCAUGCUGGCCAGGAAGCUGAAUGUGAGUGCAGCAGGAGUUAAAGACGUGGUUGUUUGGGGCAAUAUUACUGGCUGUAACUAUAUUGAUUUGUCGCACGCAAAACUUUAUGGAUAUGACUGUGCUAUUUGGGGCCCAGCUAGUUUUCCACGUCCUUUGUUGAAUAUGAUUUAUGAUAGCAAAUGGAUCCAUUCGGAAUUUCUAGCUGCAGAGAGUUCACUGAGUUCCCGGGUCAACUGUUGUGGAGGAAUGUUACCCGCUCAUGCAGUAGCUACUGUACUGAGAUACUGGUAUCAUGACUCUCCUCCUGGGGAGAUCAUUUCCAUGGGAGUACUUACUAAAGGUGAAUUUUGCAUUCCGAAAGGACUUGUCUUCUCUAUGCCAGCAAGGUUCCAGAAUGGUAACUGGAAAGUCAUGGCAGAGUUAGAAAUCAGUGAAACGACCCAAGAAGUUCUGGGCCACUUAGCCCAUGAGCUGAUUCAGGAAAAGCUCAUUGCACUCAAGGAAAAAAAAGAAAUGCAUCCGUAUGGAGCUGAUAAAAUCACUACUAAAAAUUAUUUGCAUCAAGAGCUGGAAACCUUGUCUCCUGGCUCACUUUAGCCAGAGCUGUCUGGAGGAGAAAAUGGUGAAAAUUCUCAUAUUAAAGCAAUGUUUCCUUUGCUCAAAAGUGCAACCUACAAAGAAAGGCUAAAGAUUGUCAUAGCUUUUGCAGUAUCUUCCUCAUAAAAAACCUGGAAACUGUAGGCAGAAAAAUAUUUCAAAGUGUGAAUACAACAUUCUUAAUUUGGAGACCAAAGGAAAAUUCCUACUGUCCUAGUGUGUCUAGGAUUUCAUUUAUAACUUGUUUCUUCAGACCAAUAAACUGUAUACAAAAACAUUGUUUAGUGUAUAAAAUGUUCAUCUAAUGACAAUUUUGUGUAAGGUCGUCACACAGAGUAGCAGUUUUAUAACUCAAAACUCUUGUUUCAGAUGUAAUGAAACACUGCAUUUGUUUAAGGGUAUAUUCUCAGGCAAAAUUGAUUUUUAACACAAAAAAUUAAGUGCAUGCAUAUCCUUAAUGACAAGAUAACUUAUGUCUCUGUGUCUUUUAUUUUGUGGGUUUCAUAGAGGCUACUCAUAUGUUUUAAGUCAAACAGGCAAUUCAUUAUUUGUCUAAACAGGAUUGUUGAGAAACCACUUUCACUUGCAUGUCUUUAGUGUCUUAAAAG